AUGUCCCCACGUUUAUCGCUUAUCGCGGGCCGAAAGUCCCGAGUUGGAGGAGUUGGGGUCGGAUCUCCCACCUCAACAUCCACUGGCCUCUCCAAACCGGUUCUCCAUAUCCCCCAUGUUUCAAUGUCCCCAUCACCCCAGACGAACCGGGGUGGUGCCCGUGGAGCAAGGGCACGUAUCUGCAUACACUGCGGUCGGAGCUUCCGACGGACGGAACAUUUGGAGCGACAUAUUCGCACCCACACCAAGGAGAAGCCGUUUAUUUGCUUCUGUGGGGCAGCCUUUACUAGAAGGGAUCUGUUGAAGCGUCAUACGCGCAUCUCACAUCAAGAUGGGCUGACCUCGCCGACGCCGCCCGAGCCAACGACCAAGGCGGAUUUCCAGUCAACGCACCAUCCUGCACCCAUCGCGCAAUAUGACGCACCAACUAGGCCCGUACCCGUCGAAUCCCUUGCAGGAUCAUCGGCUGCGCACCAAUGGGCUGGCGCACAGAACACGCCUUAUUUAGGCCCAAACCAUAACACCGGCAUGCUUCCUACUGCUAUUGCAGGAGCCCCACCCCCGGCCAUUGAUCCCCAUACGGGUGUGGUACAUGAUCCGGAUAUGCUUCAGGCUGCCCAGCUGCUCCUUCCGGGCGAUUACCGACCUACAGGUCAACCGAUGCCCUACUUGCCCGAAGAUCUGAAUCAUUUCCAGGAAUUCACACAUUUCUUGGAUUCGAUUGGCUUGCCGGGGGAAUGGGUUCCUAGCGAAGGCGAAACAUCUCAGACGCAAGAGGUUAGCCCGGAAGAUGUGAGAGAGACAGGUCGAGAGAACCAAGAGCACCAUGAGCGGUCACGACGAAGUGGAGAAGGUUCUCGGGGAGACUCACCAUUCAGAUCCUGGCUUCCAUCUGUGCCGAGGGGCGACCAAAGCCUCGGAGCCCUGUCUGAUUCUGAACCACCCCAAAACGCGAACAGGCUGUCACGAUUCAACGUCACCGAAGACCAGCGCUUUCGGCUUGCGGCAUCUCUCGAAGAGUUUCGCAAUGUCAUUCCGGAUUUCGUACUGCCGUCGCGUCACACACUGACUCGGUACCUUACUUCCUAUUUUGAAGGAUUCCAGCCACAUCUCCCGUUUAUGCACAUCCCGACUUUUCAUAUCAACGAACGUGCCCCUGAGGUGGUUCUUGCUAUCAUGACGAUCGGAGCCCAGUAUAGAUUUGAGCACCGAAACGCAGAAAGAAUAUUCCACGUUUCCAAGGCAGUUUUAUUUGAACGGAUGUCCAGAGAGCCCCGUUUCCCAGCUAGGCCAACCUACAAUUCGGGCUCUCAAGUACCGCUGGGGAUAUCUCCUUAUUCCAACUUUGGCGAUCAGUCCCUCACACAGCCACAGGUAACAGCGGAAAGAACUGCUGUUUGGAAGCAGAUCGAAAUCACUCGCUGUCUCCUUAUUCUGAUGGGCUACGCCACGUGGGAAAACGCCAGACUGGUACAAGAAGCAUUCCAUCUCCAGGGCUUGUUGGUUCGACAUCUCCGCGAGGCUGGCUUGACAGAAGAUACGACACGAUCUGACCCACGCGCACCCCUUGACUGGUACGAAUGGGCGGACCAAGAAUCCAGGCGACGCACAAAGUUGAUUGCGUUCUGCUUUAUCCAUGUUCACAGUAUCGCAUACAAUGCUUAUCCAUCUUUGCGCAGCAAUGAGAUACACCUGCGUCUUCCAUGUUCUACCAUCGAAUGGAACGCUAGCACCGCCGCUGAAUGGGAAGUAUCCCAGCGAGAACGAGGUCCCCAGCAGUUGUUCUUCCAAGACGCAUUGACCCUCCUCUUGCAAAAGUCCCGAUCAGCCAAACCACUAGACCCCAUCCCGGCUCCAUUGGGUAACUAUAUCCUCUUGCACGGACUCCUGCAACGAAUCCAUCUCGUGAGCGAGCUGUCAUUACCGAAUGGAAACCACUCCACAACCCUCCCAACGGAGGAACUGAAUAAACUAGAACGAGCUCUCCGUUCCUGGACCUCCGUGUGGCAACAAGCUCCGGAAUCCAGUCUAGAUCCACACAAUGCAAACGGCCCAAUCCCAUUUACGUCCAGUGCAUUCCUGGGGCUCGCUUACGUCCGCCUAUCUCUAAAUCUCGGGCCUCAUCGCCGCCUCGAGACCCGCGACCCGACAAUAAUAGCCACUGCACUCCGCCGCUCUCCACGCCCAGAACGCAGCUACCGUCUCAUCCCGGCACUUAUAUACGCCGCUCAUGCCCUCAGCAUCCCCGUGCGUUUGGGAAUAGACCACAUUGCCCGCAGUCAAGCCUUCUUCUGGAGCGUGCGGCACUCCCUAGCUAGUAUUGAAUGUGCAGUGUUGCUAAGCAAAUGGCUGUUUACUCUUGCCGAGGCAGGGCUGGAUCAGUCCUUGAGCGAGAAUGAAACCCGCAUUCUACGGUGGACUCGGUGUAUUGUCGAAGAGGCGUAUUCAUCUAUUGAUACGGAUGAUGGUGAGGCGCCGCCAGAUCUUGAACCGGCUUCUUUGGGAGUGGCUGUUCUCAAGCUGUGGGCUAGGUUGUUUGGAACAAAUACUCAGUGGCCGUUUAUUAAUGUUCUUGGACGGAGCUUGCAAGAGUAUAUUACUAUGAUUUGA